UCCCCAUACUAAGUGCCCCUGCCAAUGAUUAUUUGGGAGCCGGAGGUGAAGAUGCUCUUAGUGACCUCAGAUGCAAGUAUAGCUCAGGACGCUGGUUCCAUCUUGGAAACAGAGAGGGCAAGAAGAGUGUUUCAGUUUGGGCAGCCAUGGAAAGUGUUCCAGCAGCCACCCCCAAUACCAUCCGCGAGAUCUGGCGUGCGCAGCGCGCAGACGGACCCGCCGCCGUGCUCGCCAUCGGCACGGCGAACCCGGAGCACUGCGUGCCCCAGGAAGAGUUCCCGGACUUCUUCUUCCGUGCCACCGGCAGCGACCACCUCACCGCCCUCAAGGACAAGUUCAGGAGAGUCUGCCAGAAGCUAGGGGUUCAGAAGCGCUACCUGCACCACACGGAGGAGCUGCUGCGCGCCCACCCCGAGUUCAUCGACCACGACUCGCCAUCCUUGGACGCCCGGCUGGACAUCGUCGCCACUGCCGUGCCGGAGCUAGCCGCGCAAGCCUCCAAGAAGGCCAUCGCCGAGUGGGGCAGGCCAGCCGCCGACAUCACCCACCUCGUCGUCACCACCAACUCGGGCGCCCACAUCCCGGGCGUCGACUUCCGCCUCAUCCCGCUCCUCGGCCUCCGCCCCUCCGUGCGCCGCACCAUGCUCUACCUCAACGGCUGCUUCGCCGGCUCCGCGGCCCUGCGCCUCGCCAAGGACCUCGCCGAGAACAACCGCGGCGCCCGCGUCCUCGUCGUCUGCGCCGAGCUCACCCUCAUGCUCUUCAGCGGGCCCAAGGAGGGCUGCUUCCAGACGCUCAUCAACCAGGGACUCUUCGGCGACGGAGCGGCCGCCGUCAUCGUCGGCGCCGAACCGGACAGCACCAGCCACGAGCACCCGCUAUUCGAGAUCGUGUCCGCCGCGCAGACGGUGGUGCCGGGCUCCGACCACGCCAUCAACAUGCACCUCACCAAGGGCGGAUACGGCGGCAACAUCUCCACCAGGGAGGUCCCGGGGUUCAUCGGGGACAACAUCGAGCAGUGCCUCCAUGACUCGUUUGGGCCGCUCAGCGUCGCCGCCAGAUGGAACGACCUAUUCUGGGCGGUGCACCCCGGAUCGUCUGCCAUCUUGGACCACAUCGACAUGGUGCUCAAGCUCCAGCCUGACAAGCUGGCGGCGAGCCGCCGAGUGCUCAGCGAGUACGGGAACAUGUUCGGCGUCACCAUCAUCUUCGUCUUGGACGAGCUCAGGCGGCGGCAUAAGGAGCAGCAAGGGGCCGGGCUGCCUGAGUGGGGUGUGAUGAUCACCUUCGGGCCGGGGCUCACCGUGGAGACCAUGGUGUUGCGCGCUACACACCAUACGCAAGCAUCCGUAUGAACACAAAUUGUCGCUUGCUGAAUAAUUAAGAGGUCAAUGUGUUGGAUCAGUUCUAGUAGUACUACUUAUUUGACAUUAUCUGUCACGUGAACUCGUGUAGUAGUACCAUCUUUGCACUAGUCAUAGCGACAGUAGCAGUACUCCCUCCUUUUUAAUGAAUAAGAACCUCGAUUUUCGUUUUUUA